UAAAACACAAACGUAGCGCGCAUAGCAGAAGCUCCAGCCCUGAAAGAGUUAAACGCUGUUUUCUCCCCGCUGGCAGGAGGUGAGUUGCGGCGCAGAGAGCCCGUGGACGCGCACCAAAACCCGGACAACUUCCACCACAAAACAACAGCCAUGUCGGAGCUGAAGAUGGGGACCUCUGGAUUUCUUACUCCUACUCAGCUGUGAGGGGGCUUGGUUUUCCUUUUUUUUAGUUGCGUAUUGGAUAUCGCCUCCAUGGACGGCUUUUACGAGAUGGAGAACCCGACGGAGAACCCCAGCAAGGCGGUGGAGUAUCUACAGGAGCUGAAUAAAAUCAUCGAGACGCAGCAGGGGCUUUUGGAGAAGCAGAGGGUCCGGAUUGACGAGCUGGAGCUCCAUAUGACGGAUCUGUGUAAGGAGAACGUGAGUCUGAAGGAGCAGCACCAGAGGCACCUGGCCACCUGCAGAAUACAGCCGGGGAACAACUCCUCCAGCCUGGGUGCCAUCAAGGAGAAUGCCACCAUGCAGGAAAAACCCGACACAGAGGACCUCAGCUCCGCCAUGACUCACAGACGAGACCAUCACUAUGUGGAAGGUGAUGCUCCAGGCAGCGAGUUGGGCGCCUCAGUGGACCCCAGCAGUGGCUAUGGUUGCAUCCCAGUGACCCACAGCAGCCACCUGGACAGCAGCCAGAUAUACGGACACAUCCUGCUGCCGGGACACCUGAGGCCCCGUCGACCCAAACUGCAGCAUUCACAGUCCAUACUCCGCAAGCAGGCAGAGGAAGAGGCCAUCAAACGCUCGCGCUCGCUGUCCGAGAGCUAUGAGCUGUCAGCUGACCUGCAGGAUAAGCAGGUGGAGAUGCUAGAGAGGAAAUAUGGUGGGCGUUUCAUAACCCGGCAUGCAGCCCGCACCAUCCAGACGGCUUUCCGCCAGUACCAGAUGAACAAGAACUUUGAACGUCUUAGAAGUUCUAUGUCUGAGAACCGUAUGUCCAGACGGAUCGUCCUAUCAAAUAUGAGAAUGCAGUUUUCCUUUGAAGGACCUGAAAAAGUCCACAGCUCCUAUUUCGAAGGAAAGCAGGUCUCUCUAACAGACGAUGGAACAAAACUUGGUGCGUUGGUGCAGUCAGAGCACGAUGGGGAGAUGGGUGUUCAGGCAAAGACUCCAACAACUCAGAGCGACUUCACAGACGCGAUCACAGAACUGGAAGAUGCCUUCUCCAGGCAGGUUAAAUCUCUGGCUGAGUCCAUAGACGAUGCUCUGAACUGUCGCAGUCUGCAUGGUGACGAGUCAGAGCCAGUGAGAGUUCUCCCGGAUAUCGACAGGGAGGUCGGUUGCCAGAUGAAACUUUCUCAUGGUGCGUCAGAUCACCGCAAACUGGAUGAGAUGAGGGCGUCUUACAGCGACGUCACCCUCUACAUCGAUGAAGAAGAACUGACACCGCCUCUUCCCUUGUCUCAAUCUGUGGAUCGACCCUCCAGCACAGAGUCGGACUUGCGCCAGCGUUCCCUCAACUCUUCCCAGGACUACUGGUCACUGGCUCAUAAGGAUGAAAAAGGAGAUACGGACACCAGCUGCCGAAGUACACCGUCUCUGGAGUGCCAAGAGCAGCGAUUGAGGGUAGAUCACCUUCCCUUACUGACCAUCGAGCCUCCAAGCGAUAGUUCGGUGGAGCUCAGCGAUCGUUCUGACAGAAGCUCUUUGAAGAGACAGAGCGCUUACGAGCGAAGCGUCACUAAUCAGCAGAGCAGCCCAAAACAAAUCACCCACACUCGGCCACCAAGAGGGCCUUCAAGGGAAGAAGAAGCCCCUCGACAUCGGCCACGACAACUGGAGGCCCAUCUGGCCAUCAAUGGCACCGCAAACCGUCAGAGCAAGUCCGAAUCCGACUUUUCUGAUGGUGACAACGACAGCAUCAACAGCACGUCCAACUCCAACGACACCAUCAACUGCAGCUCCGAGUCCUCGUCCAGAGACAGCCUGAGGGAGCAGACGCUCAGCAAGCAGACGUACCACAAAGAGACUCGCAACAGCUGGGAUUCACCGGCAUUCAGUAACGACAUCAUCCGAAAGAGACACUACCGCAUAGGCCUGAACCUCUUCAACAAGAAACCAGAAAAAGGCAUCCAGUAUCUGAUAGAUAGAAACUUUGUCCCCGACACGCCGGUGGGUGUGGCUCACUUCCUGCUGCAAAGGAAAGGCUUGAGCAGGCAGAUGAUCGGCGAGUUCCUGGGUAACAGACAGAAGCAGUUCAACCGAGAUGUCCUCGACUGUGUGGUGGAUGAAAUGGACUUCUCGAGCAUGGAGCUGGACGAAGCGCUCAGGAAAUUUCAGGCGCACAUCAGAGUUCAGGGAGAAGCUCAGAAGGUGGAGCGGCUCAUAGAGGCAUACAGCCAACGUUACUGCAUCUGUAACCCUGGAGUGGUGCGACAGUUCAGGAACCCCGACACCAUCUUCAUCCUUGCCUUCGCCAUCAUCCUCCUCAACACCGACAUGUACAGCCCCAACGUGAAGCCUGAGAGGAAGAUGAAGCUGGAGGACUUUGUGAAAAACCUUCGAGGGGUGGAUGAUGGGGAAGACAUCCCCCGAGAGAUGCUGGUAGGGAUAUAUGAGCGGAUUCGCAAGCGAGAGCUCAAAACGAAUGAAGACCACAUGUCCCAGGUUCAGAAAGUGGAAAAACUCAUUGUUGGGAAGAAGCCGAUUGGCUCGUUGCACCACGGUCUGGGCUGCGUGCUAUCCUUACCACACCGGAGACUGGUCUGUUACUGCAGACUUUUUGAAGUACCCGACCCUAACAAACCACAAAAGUUGGGUGUCCACCAACGGGAGAUCUUCCUCUUCAAUGACCUGCUAGUGGUCACUAAGAUUUUCCAAAAGAAGAAGAACUCUGUGACGUACAGCUUUCGGCAGUCCUUCUCACUUUAUGGCAUGCAAGUGCUAAUCUUUGAGAAUCAGUAUUAUCCCAACGGAGUGCGUCUGACGUCAGCCAUUCCCGGAGCAGACAUCAAAGUCCUCAUCAACUUCAACGCACCAAAUCCUCAGGACCGCAAAAAGUUCACUGACGAUCUGCGAGAAUCUAUUUCUGAAGUCCAAGAGAUGGAGAAGUACCGGAUAGAAUCUGAGCUAGAGAAACAGAAGGGGGUCGUGAGGCCCAGCAUGUCCCAGACUUCAGCCAUGAAGAAGGACACGGGAAACGGGUCUCUGAGUCGCGGGAGCCUCGACGACAGCUACGCCAUUGGUGAAGGUUUGAAGAGGAGCGCACUCAGCAGCUCCCUACGAGACCUGUCAGACGCAGGCAAGCGUGGGAGACGCAGCAGUGCAGGAUCACUAGACAGCAAUAUGGAAGGCUCCAUCAUUAGCAGCCCCCACAUGAGACGCAGACCCCCGAGAGACGGCCCGCCCCGACACAGCGGCCAAUCGCUGCCCAGCUCCUCCUCCCUGCUGGGGACUUUGUUUGGCCCCAGCAGACGUUUGAAGUCACCCAGCCCCACCCCUCAGGCUCUGCACCCCACCCUAAUCUCACACACCACCCACCCUACCAACUUGCACCACACAGCCCGGGCCGAAACGGACCCCCAAGCCUCCGUUCACCCUCACCACGGGCAGUUUUGCCACCAGAAUCCUCCGCCUUACCACCAUCAUCAUCACUAUCACCCUCCAGCCCACCUGCAGCACCCUCCACACCCGUUUCACCCGGCAACAGGUCACGGGCAGCAGCCAGCAUACCCUCCUCACCCUCCUCACCCUCCUCACCCUCCUCAUCCUCCUCAUCCUCACCCUCACCACCAAACACACCCUCCUCACGCUCCACUUCACCACGGCCCCCAAACGGCCCCCUCCCAGGCCCCCAGCAGCACCAAACCCAAGCACAGCGGCAUCAGUACGGUGGUGUAAAAGUGUAAAGAAGACACAGAGACUGAACUUUGAUUUUAAUCCGAAACGGUAGCACUGUGCGGACGCCGGACGAGAUCCUGUGCCUCCUUUGGGGUUCUUUGUUGUGCUCAUAACAAGAACAGUUUACUCGAUUUAAAACACAUCUCCUUUCUGGUUGCUCCUUGCAUUUCACUUCAGGUUAUAAUUCAAGAGCAUGCACAAAGACCACAACUACUGUUUCUCCUCAAUUAAAGGAUCAAAUAUCUAACUUACUUACUAGUGUUUUACAGAAGAAAUGAAUAGUAAUCUUGACUUUAAUGACUAAUGAUUUGAUCUUGUCUGACAGACAGACAGACAGACAGACAGACAGACAGACAGACAGACAGACAGACAGACAGACAGACAGACAGACAGA